UGAUUGAUGAUUUGAAGGAAGUUAGUUCAUCGAACACAAAUAGUUUGUUCAGCUACUUUCUACCCAACUACUUACUAUACCCCCAUUAAUUACUACUCUUACUUGUUCCCCAACACCUUCAAAGAGAUCUAUUACACUCUUCAAACCUCACAUUCAUUAUCAUUUCUUACAAGUAUUUGCUUUUUUUUAGAUCCCAAAUUGUUGGGGCGAAAAAAUGAAGGUUUUGGUGGUGACACGUAGUGGCAAAGAACUCAUUAAGGGUGGCCUUGAACUCAAUGAUUCGGCUACAGUUGCUGAUCUGCAGGAGGCAAUUCAUAAAAGAACCAAAAAAUACUAUCCUUCUAGACAACGGCUCACUCUACCCGUCCAACCUGGGUCAAAAGAGAGGCCAACUGUUCUUCACUACAAGAAAAGUCUCAGUGAGUAUACUAAUGGAAGCACAAGCGAGUUAACUGUAGUUUUCAAGGAUCUGGGCCCACAAGUCAAGUAUAGUACGCUUUUCUUCUUUGAGUAUCUGGGUCCUCUAUUACUCUAUCCUAUCUUUUACUUCUUCCCAGUCUACAAGUAUUUUGGCUACAAAGAAGAACGUGUUAUCCACCCUGUUCAGACUUAUGCCUUGUAUUACUGGUGUUUCCACUACUUCAAACGGAUCAUGGAGACCUUUUUUGUGCACCGCUUUAGCCAUGCAACUUCUCCAAUUUCCAAUGUUUUUCGGAACUGUGCUUAUUAUUGGUCUUUUGGAGCUUUCAUUGCUUACUUUGUGAAUCAUCCUCUUUAUACUCCUGUAAGCGAUCUCCAGAUGAAGAUUGGAUUUGGAUUUGGGAUAGUUUGUCAAGUUGCAAACUUCUAUUGCCAUUUAUUGUUGAGAAAUCUCCGUAGUCCCACUGGUAAUGGGGGUUACCAAAUACCACGUGGCUUCUUGUUUAAUAUUGUUACCUGUGCAAAUUACACAACAGAGAUCUACCAGUGGUUGGGCUUCAACAUUGCUACUCAGACUGUUGCAGGAUAUGUCUUCAUGAUUGUUGCUGCUAGCAUUAUGACUAACUGGGCCCUCGCAAAGCAUCGUCGCUUGAAGAAGCUCUUUGAUGGAAAGGAAGGAAGACCAAAGUAUCCUCGACGAUGGGUGAUAUUGCCUCCUUUUCUGUAGACCAUUUCCUCGACGAUGGGAGGAAGCCUGAGAAUUAUUUAUUUAGUUGAUCAUUUUCUGUGAACCUGCAGUUUUUGAAGGUUUAUGUUUCUCAUAAGAGGAUGUAAUACUUUUAUCAGAUUUUUCUCUUGUAUUACUGUUGUUCCAUGUCUUGGCUUCUUUUUAGACCAGAUGAUCUUUUGAGUUCCAUGAUAUUUGUAGUUCUCCACUUCUUUGUGGUUGCUUCAAUAACCAUCUUUGUUGCC